GGCUCUCAUCGUCCCCUCAUUGAUCGACCUUUUGAGAACCAUACAUAUAGACUCAGUAUCUCCUACAAAGUUGCAAACCUUCUAUCUUUACCAAGAAAAAUCACGAUUCCCAACCUCUCAUAUACCUUCACUACAAAUUUUGAGAUUACUGUAAGGUUGUACGGCAUCGGUAUCAGCCGAGAAGUGGUGUGCUAGAAACAUCGAAUCAUCUGCCUCCACCCCUUCAACCAACUGGUGAGAUCAGUUGACACAAUUUCAGUGGCAAACCAAAACAUUAGAAAUAACAAAUCUUGUUUGCUUUCGGUGAGAAGACCUGUCAUAUAGCAUUGCAGUAGUUUUCUCCAUACAAUAAAGCUUUUAAUAUAAUCGAAAAGACAAUGUCCGCUGUUCGUGCUCCGUUCAAUCAACCAACAGAAUCGUCUCAGGAUGCGAAAGAACGAUUCUAUCGACACUUCCAAGAAGAGACCUUCAACAGCGUAUUAGCCAGCUUGGGAACCUCUCCUUAGUUGGAGGAGAAAGGCAAGACGCUACAGACCACUGCCUUGCCAGUAUUACAAGGCUAUCUAAUGAAGUUGCCGAUGCUACAGAUUACCUUCCAGCGUAUGACCAGAGAACUUAUUCGCAGGCAAUCAAAGGUCUCUCGGAGAACCUUCAGGAAGUGAAAGCCAAGGCUGCACCAAGAACUAGAUUCCGGUUUACUUCAAGCAAGAACAGUUCCGCUGUUUCUAUCAACGAUGCCGCUCAGCUAGCUCAGGAAAGUCUUAGCGCUACUUUGAAGGCUUCUAUGUUGUCUUCUACUGAAUCAUCACUGGCCACAACACCAGCUAAUUUGAUGACACCACCUGGAGAAGAAAGUACUAGAGAUACUGUGGGUGACUUGCCUUCAUUCUCAAAAAAUUACAAUGCCGAAAUGGCCACUGCCCCUGGUCCAAUUCGAAAGCCGAGUUUCUCAGAAGCAAGCACCAUCAAUAUUACAGGCCACACUGGUCUUCACAUCAUCCUACCUUCCUCAGCAUCCCGUGCAACUUCAUCCGGUGCUAUAACAAAACUUAAUGGAUGCAUUGUUGAUAUGUCAGUCCCAACGGCCAAUGGUGCUCCUUUUGCUGGGCUUUCCUUGAAGAAUAUUAAGCAUUCUUUAGUCAUAGCUGGGCAUGUUGCGGGGGCAGCACAUAUUACCGGCAUCGAGGAUAGUAUAAUCGUCGUCACGUCAAGACAAGUCAGAAUGCAUGAUUGUAAAAAUGUAGACAUAUACUUGCAUUGUGCUAGCCGGCCCAUCAUUGAGGACUGUAGCAGCGUGAGGUUCUCGCCUAUCCCGAAUUCGCAGAACGUUACAGAUGAGUCGGUCAAGAAUCAGUGGGAUCAGGUUGAUGACUUCAAAUGGCUUAAAGCAGAGCAUAGUCCGAACUGGAGCAUCUUACCAGAAGAGGAGAGAUUAAAAGAGGAAAUUUGGACAGAUGUCAUACCAGGAGGACCCGGGGUUGGACUUGAUGAUAUCCUGAAGAAGAUUGGGCUUACUGGACGAUAAUUACUAUUAAUUCCCUCGCAGUACGGAGUCUUUUGAUGCAGAUUGGACAGUGAUGGAGAUGCAAUGAACGUUCAGAUAAUGGGAUAGCUGAACAAUAACAAGUUUCUUUUGUAAUUUCA